CAUUCUGCAAAAUUUUAUUUAAAAAUGAUGGGAAAUGAACGGACUUUGAGGGUUUCAAUUGUAGUGUGACCUUCUCACUAAAGUUAAAGGCGGAAAUUGCGAAUUUUUCUACGAUGGAUUCAAAUGAAGAGUUCGUUGUUGUUAACGAAGAAAAUGACAACCAGCGGGAUUCUAUUGCUCGUUUGGAUGUCUUAGUUGAUUUAUUCAAAAAAACUAUCGAAACUUUAAAUCAGUCCAGCAUUCUCUUAAAAGAUGAAUUGCAAACUGCUCUUAGUGUAACACUUCAGAAUGUCACUCCGGACCAUACAUCCACUAUUGAAGACUUAGUCAAACAGCUUGAUAGCAUAUUGUUGAGCCCAGAUGACGUCCGAAAGACCUAUGUCAAACAGCUGUGCUCUAGGUUGGUGGCUGUAAAUGAAGAAAAACAGUUUGUUAUGACUGAGUUAGUGGAACUAAAUGACCAGUUACGGACAAUGGAAGCUGAAACUCGCAAAUGGAAAAAACUCAUUGAACCCAUAUCUAUGGUUGCUGCUGGUAUUAAGGAACUUGAAUCAGUAUUUUCUUCUAAGUCAGAAGUCGAUUCCACAGAUGUGGAACCUAGUUUAAGCGAUGAUUCUACAGUGGAUGAUGUGUGCAGUUUCCUUACUACAAUGUACGGAAAGAUUCAAAAUAUUCGUGACAAGGAACCGGUUGCAAGAAAAAUGGUCAGUAAAAGCACUUCGGAAACAUGCAGUUCUGUCUGUCUGGUGGACAGUGUUCAGGUUUCCAGUGGCAGACAAUGCACAGACGGUGUUAGUUCCAAUAGUAUUCAGACAGAUUGCUCAAUCGCGAAGUGUGAUGCAUGGAUGCAAGCUGAGAUAUCUUCACCACCUGUGGUUUCCACUAAUGCUACAAGCCAGCUAGAACCUCCAGCCUACGCUAGCCUCUCAAAGGCGACAGUCGAUCAGACAUCCGCACUGGAAAAUAUUGAUGUAAAAGAACUUGUUCGUCAAGAAGUUCUUCGUAUUUUAAAUGAAAGAAAUACAAUCUCUUUCGCUCCUGAAACGACAACUUCGGAAACUGAGGAGAGAAUUAAUUCACUUCUAGCUCCAGUGGCUAAGACACCAUCUGCUCAACCUUUAAGUCCACCUACGAAUGAAAUUCCAUCUUCAACAGGCUCUUUAAAUCUGUGGCCACAUCUUCAUCUUGGUGGUGUGUCAAGUGUGCAUGUAGCACCUUCAUUUACAAGUGAAGCAGCUUCAGCAGUGUCAAUUCAGAAUCAAACAAAUGUGACUUCAUCUCUUACUAGCAGUAUUUCAGAGUCAUAUAGCACUGCUGGUAUAUCUUCUGAAUCUAAAACAUCAAUGUCCUCAUUUUUACCCGUUGUUGGUGGUUUUGUUCGCCGUCAGAUACAACAACUAACUAAUCCUGAGAAUACAACUUCGGAUUAUGGAUCUUGGUUAAGUGAACUGGGUCUCAAUCCUUGUGAAAGUAAUUUCAAUCAACCAGUGGAACGUCCGUCUGCUCCUAGCUUCUCUGUUGAUGAAGAGCAACCUUGGUGUCCUGGAUGCCAUCAAAUGUUUGCAUCACGAAGUGAGCUUGAGGAUCACUUCCUUUCUUGCCUAAUAUGAAUUCAUUGGAUUUCUUACUUCGAAUUUCGUAAUUUUCAAAACGUAACAGACAUUUGGUCUUCGAUUUGUUUGGUCACAUUGCCAUCACUACACUUUCGUUAUCAUUCCAUGCAAUAGAAUUAACAAUGACGUGUAACCGAGACAGACUGUGGGCCACAUUUGUCAUUCAAAAGAUGAAUCACAUAAUAUAUACUAUGAUGCCAUUUUUGAGGCUUUGUCCUCGCUUAUUCAUGACUUUUGUCACAUACAUAUAGAUUAGCUAUCAUAACUUUUCACCAUCAUUUUAUUGUUCACAUUUACUUCAUUAACUUUUUUAUCCAUCACCAUUUUGAGAUUAAUUAUUUAUUCAUCAAAUGUUGUUUUUUUUUUCUCUCUCUCUCGUCAUGUAUCUGUGACGUCAGUUAAGUGUGAGUAGUUCUUCGUGAUUUGGUGGUAAUAACUCGUUUAUCGUCGUAGUGGCAUAGCAUCAUUUGUGUUUCACUGCGCA